ACAGAAAUGAGCUGAGUAACACCAAGCUGUUUUUUUUUGUUUCAUCAUUCGAAUUUGUUCUUUGCAUUUGGGCGAUUGAAUUUGAGGGAACCAUCGUCAAUUUUCCCUUUCUGGGCACCCCAGAAUUCCUUUGGUGCUUCAGUUGGAACGACGAAAAGGAUGUCGGCGCGAUUGAUGAAGAAGGUUCUGAACGAGCAACACCACCUUCCCCAACACGUGAGCGAAGAAGAAGAAGAGAACGAUUCCGAGUCAAUCACUCGUUCCUCCAUCAACCUCUUUGACCUCCUCAACGACCACGAUUCUGAGCCCGAGAACCAGGGAGAUGAGUUGAUGUCCACGGAGGAAACGUUGGCUAGAAACAAUGAUAAAGAGGAGUCAUCUUGGUCGAAACCUAUUUCUGGGGUUUCCACGUCCAGUCUGAAAUCAAAGAAAAAAAAGAAGAAGAAAAACAAGGAUAGUGCCGUUGCCAAUAAAACAGAAGGUGAAAAAGAAUUGGACUUGAUUCUGGAAGGUUUAUCUCUGAAUGUCAACUCUGCGUCCGAGCAGCCUAUUUCUACCAAAGACAAAAAUAAAUCUGCUAAACUGCACACAGCCUCUAUAUUGCAAGUGGAUCCUAAGUAUUUGAAUGCUGAAAAUGAGCUGAGAAGGAUAUUUGGAUCCAAGGUUGUGAAAUCAUUUGAGAGUAGCAGUCAAGCGAGCAGUUCUAGGCAGAUGCGAGGGGUGAGGGGGCGUGGACACUAUACUCUUAGAAAGAGUGUUCUUGUCACUCCAUCAGACAAUUGGCUCCGCUGUGAGGAUUCUUUGUCUAUGCAAUUUUUGGAAAUAAAAAAUGGAUAUAACUACUUUAGAUAUGUACACUCGCCUUCCUACUCCCAAACUCAGAGAGCAUUUGAAGCUGCCAAAGCAAUUAAUGACAUAAAUGGCAUAGCAAGCAUAUUACAGCACCGUCCUUAUCAUAUAGAUUCCCUUCUAACAAUGGCCGAAUAUUUCGCAGUAUUGGGUGAACAACAGAUGUCUGCAGAUGCUAUUGCCAGGUGUCUAUAUGCCCUUGAAUGUGCAUGGCAUCCCAUGUUCAAUCCACUGCAGGGAAAUUGCCAGUUGAAGUUCAGACAUGAUACAAACAAACCUAUAUUCACAGCUCUUUUCACUCACAUGAACAAUUUGGACAGGCGUGGCUGUCAUAGAUCUGCCUUGGAGGUCUGCAAAUUGUUGCUUUCGCUAGAUUCUGAUGAUCCCAUGGGGGCUAUUUUCUGUAUUGACUACUUUGCUUUAAGGGCUGAGGAGUAUGCAUGGCUGGAAAAGUUUUCUGAAGAAUAUAAAAGUGAUAACUCCAUUUGGUUGUUUCCAAACUUCUCUUAUUCCCUUGCCAUUUGUCGGUUUUACCUUGAGCGUGAGGCCUGCAAAGAUGCUAGUAUGAAUGCUGAAAAGGCUUCUUCGUCUGAUCUUAUGAAACAAGCAUUGAUGCUUCAUCCUUCAGUCAUAAAGAAGCUAGUGGCAAAAGUACCAUUGAAAGAUCGCACAUGGACAGAUAUUCUCAAGCAUGCAUUUUUCCGGUCAGAUCAAACAGGAAUUCCAUCACAAGAUCACUUGAUUAAUAUAUAUGUUGAAAGAAAUUAUCUUAUAUGGAGGCUUCCUGAUCUACAAAAACUGCUAAGUGGUGCUGCAAAACUAGUGAUUGAAACACUAGAAAAUAAUAAAAGUGAAGUUAAGGAUUGGGCUUGUGUCAGAAAAGAAGCGUUUUCAUCUGAGAAAAAUGAGUAUGGACAUUUGUUGGUAUCUGAUUUCUCUGAUUCACAUUCAUCAAUUCCACGAGAAAAUCUGCAACAAUUUAUGGGUGUUCCAAGGAUGAUGGAGGGUGUGCAGGAUGAGAACCAAUUUGCUAAUCUACCUGGCAAUGGCCAUGCUCCUCGUGGUGUUGCAAAUAGAAAUGCAUUAGCUGUCUUGUUCGAGUCAAUGCUACCAUGGGUUACUUAUGAGGAUAGGGAGGAUGGUGGACCUGAUGAUGGUAACCAACAUGAUGACCACAGGCAGGACAAUCAAUGAUUCUGGAUGCUACUACCCUUCCUGCUCUAAAGGCCUUUUUUGGCUGGAGUGUUGAACUCAAUGAUGAGAUGUUUUGUACAGAGCGAUGCCUAGGGAGCUUGAUAUCUUCUGCUAUUAUGUUGAUCAUUGUCAACCAUCUAGGAACUCUAGACGCAUAAAAAUGCCAUAAUUUUGUGCUGUCUAAUUUAGGGAUAUUGCUUCCAUUAUGAUUUUUCAUUUGAUGUGCUUCAAAACUUUGGUCAACAUUGUUGUUUAAUAAUGUGCUGUCAUACGAGUUUAAAUAUGAUAACAACUACUUGAGGGCAAAUUCUUUUAUAACAACAUAGUUGGAUGAUA